AUGCCGUGUGUUGGCAGUGGACUUGACGUCGACAUUGGUAACCUCACUGGAAACGACGAUGUAGUGGGUGUUGGAAGUGAACUUGUAUGGCUACACCUGUAUUGGCGACCUAAAUGGGAAAGUCCCCGUUGCGUUCCAUCCGCUGGAACUGUACCACACGAUAUUACUGCACCGUUACUAUUGACUCAGCAUUCUGAAAACAACGCCCUUCCGAUCGCCGAUGUGCAGUGCACCCUUUACGAAAACAACUUAUUAUUUUAA